AUGCAUUUGCUCAACUACUCUCUCCUCCCAGCCUCGAACGUGACCUGCGCCUGCGUCGGCCAGUUCAGCGGCACGAAAGCGCAAGAGAUCUGUGUCGCCCGAGGCGCCACCCGCAUCGAGUUGCUUCGCGCGGACCCGCAGACGGGCAAGCUCGACUUUGUCGUCGAUGCAGAGGUCUUUGGCACCGUCAGGAGCCUGGCCGCAUUCAAGCUGACCGGUGGUAGCAAAGGUGGGUCCGCGAGAGCGCAGAGUCCUCCCGCCGAGCUGGAGCUGAGCGACCAAGUCUCGCAGACGGAACUCGUGCUGACAUGCGCUCGCGCCUGAUCUGAUCUGAUCCCCACAGACUACCUCAUCGUCGGGUCGGAUUCGGGUCGGAUCGUUGUUCUCGAGUAUGACCCCGCAGCGAACCAGUUCAACAAGCUGCACCAAGAGACAUUCGGUCGCUCCGGGUCCCGACGAGUCGUGCCCGGCCAGUACCUCGCCACCGAUCCCAAAGGUCGAGCCGUCAUGGUCGCGGCGAUGGAGAAGAGCAAACUCGUCUACAUCCUCAACCGAGUCAGUUUCCGUUCAGUUUCUGCGACGCGCUUUGUUCCGUGUCUGACGCAAUCUGUGCUCUCGUUCUCGCGCGCCAUUCAGGAUGCCGCCGCCAACUUGACCAUCUCGUCGCCCCUCGAAGCCCACAAAGCCAAGGCCAUCAUUCAUUCCAUCGUUGGUGUCGAUGUCGGGUUCGAGAACCCGCUCUUCGCGGCCCUCGAAGUUGACUAUGGCGAGAGUGAUCAGGACCCGAGUGGGGAAGCGUUCAACGCGGCAGAGAAGGUACGUCCCGAUGACGCAGGUGCACUCUGGAGACCGACCACUGACAUGCACACCACCCAUAUCUUGUAUCCAGAUGCUCACUUACUACGAACUCGAUCUCGGCUUGAACCACGUCGUGCGAAAGUGGAGCGAGGCGACCGAUCCGCGCGCCAACAUGCUCGUGCAAGUACCCGGUGGGCAAACGACGGCAGACAAGUUCGAUGGACCGUCGGGGGUGCUCGUCUGCGCCGAGGACUACAUCAUCUACAAGCACCAAGGAGCAAAGGAGCACCGAGUACCGAUCCCGAAACGCGCCCACCCUCUGAUGGACCCGGAACGAGGACUUAUCAUCACUUCGGCGGUCAUGCACAAGAUGAGGGGGGCCUUCUUCUUCCUCUUGCAGAGCGAAGAGGGCGACUUGUACAAAGUCACAAUCGAGCACGAGGAGGAGGAGGUCUUGGCCCUCAAGAUCAAAUACUUUGACACAGUCGCCGUCGCCGCUUCGCUUUGCAUCCUCAAGAGCGGUUUCCUCUUUGUCGCUUCCGAAUUUGGCGAUCAAUACCUGUACCAGUUUGAGAAGCUCGGCGACGACGAUCACGAGACCGAAUACUCGUCGACGGACUACCCGAACUUUGGUGCCGGUUCUGAUCCGCUCCCGAUUGCACUGUUUCGCCCUCGCCCUCUCGAAAACCUCGUGCUCGCCGACGAGCUCGAAUCGCUGGGACCGAUUCUCGACUGCAAGGUCGCCAACUUUCUCGGUGAGGACACGCCGCAAAUCUACACGGCAUGUGGUCGAGGUGCUCGGUCCUCUGUGCGCAUCUUGCGGCAGGGCUUGGAAGUCGUCGAAGCCGUCAGCUCGGAACUUCCGGGUGCACCGAUCAACGUAUGGACGACCAAACUCCGACACGAGGACGAGUACGACGCCUACAUCGUCUUGUCCUUCGUCAAUGGUACGCUCGUUCUGUCGAUCGGCGAUACGAUCGAAGAGGUCUCCGAUACGGGUUUCAUCUCCUCCGCACCGACGUUGGGCGUUCAGCAACUCGGCGAGGACGCUUUGCUGCAGAUCUACCCGCGUGGUAUUCGCCACAUCUUGGCCGACAAACGCGUCAACGAGUGGAAGGUCGGGCCGAACCAAACGAUCGUGUGUGCGACGACGAACAAACGACAGGUCGUCGUGGCGCUGUCGACAGGUGAGAUCGUGUACUUUGAACUUGAUCUCGAGGGACAGUUGAACGAGUUUCAGGAACGAAAGGAGAUGCAUGCCGAGAUCUUGACGCUGAGCAUCGCUGAGGUCCCGGAAGGAAGGCAGAGGACACCCUACCUAGUGAGUUUGAAGUGCUCUAAAGACGAAAAAUUAGUGAAUGGCAGCUGACACAGCGACGUGUUUUUUUGGAUCCUUUCAGGCCGUCGGGUGUGCCGAUUCGACAGUUCGCAUCAUCUCACUCGACCCGGAAAACACUCUCGAAACCUUGUCGCUGCAAGCUCUGACUGCACCCCCUUCGUCGAUCGUCGUGGCCGAGAUCCUGGAUACGUCGAUCGACAAGCACCACGCGACGCUCUUCGUCAACAUUGGACUACAAAACGGUGUUUUGCUCCGAACCGUCCUCGACUCGCUGAGUGGGCAACUAACCGACACACGAACGCGGUUCUUGGGUUCGCGACCGGUCCAGUUGACGCGGGUGCCCGUGCGCGGAUCCCCCGCCAUCCUCGCGUUGUCGAGUCGAUCGUGGCUCAAUUACUCGUACCAGAACAUGCUUCAGUUCACGCCGCUCAUCUUUGACGCACUCGACCAUGCAUGGUCCUUCUCGGCCGAGCUGUGCCCUGAAGGAUUGAUCGGUAUCACCGGAAACAGCUUGCGCAUCUUCACCUUCCCCAAACUCGGCACAAAAGUCCAACAAACCUCGAUUCCCUUGUCCUACACCCCUCGCAAGCUUAUCACCUCCCCCACUCGCAACCUUCUCUACACCGUCGAAGCCGAACAUCGCACGCUCUCUCCUUCCGCUCAACAAAAGAUGCUAGGUGAUCUCAAGUCGGCCGGUAUCGAGGUCGAUGAAGGGGUCAUGCAAUUGCCACGCGAGGUGUUUGGUCUGCCCCGAGCGCCGGCAGGUAAUUGGGCGUCGUGCAUCCGCAUCAUCGAUCCCGUCGAAGCGACGACAGCCUUCUCCCUCGAGUUGGAAAACAACGAAGCCGCGUUCUCGGUUGCGUUGUGCACGUUCCACACCACGCCCAACGAACAGCACCUCAUCGUUGGCUCGGCGCAGGACACGACGUUGGCUCCGCGAACUUGCAAGCAGGCCUAUUUGACGACGUACAAGAUCAUCGAUGAUGGUCGAGGGCUCGAGUUGGUGCACCGCACCGAGAUUGACGAUGUGCCCAACACGCUCAUGCCUUUCCAAGGGCGAUUGGCGGCGGGUAUCGGGAAGGCGUUGAGGAUAUACGACCUUGGAAAGAAAAAGUUGCUGCGGAAAGCUGAGAACAAGGUGAGUUAAAUGGGGGCACUCAUGAGCAUGAGAAUCAUCUGGCUGAUGUGUAACAUGGCUCUUCUCACAGUCCUUUGCCUCAAUGAUCAUGACUCUCAAUACCCAAGGAUCUCGCAUCCUGGUCGGUGACGUCCAGGAAUCCAUCCAUUACGUCGCCUACAAAGCCCCUGAAAACCGGCUAGUCGUCUUUGCCGACGAUACCUCCCCUCGAUGGACUACAGCGGCGACCAUGGUCGAUUACCAAACCGUCGUCGCCGGUGACAAGUUCGGCAACGUAUUCGUCAACCGUGUCGCCGCCGCCGUCUCGGAAGAAGUUGACGAAGAUCCGACAGGCGCCAGCAUCAUGCAUGAGAAGGGUUACCUAAUGGGUGCGCCCCAUCGCACGUCCUUGAUCGCGCAAUACCACGUUGGCGACCUCGUCACCUCGAUCAACAAGUGUUCGCUCGUAGCCGGUGGUCGUGACGUGCUCUUGUACACCGGCGUCUCGGGCACGGUCGGUGUGCUCGUCCCCUUCGUUUCGAACGAGGAUGCCGAUUUCUUCUCGACGCUCGAAAUGCACCUCAGGACCGAAGCCCCUUCGUUGGUCGGAAGGGACCACCUUGCUUAUCGCUCCGCUUACGCGCCCGUCAAAGCUGUCGUCGACGGGGACCUCUGCAACCAGUAUCGCCUCCUCUCGAUGCAAAAGCAAGGCAGCAUCGCGGGGGAUACGGACCGAACGGUGUCUGAAGUCCUAAAAAAACUCGACCAAGCCGCCGCUCACGCGUGGUGA